AUGUCGGUCGACGAGGCUCACCUCUCGGUGCGCUUCAAGCACGGCAUCCACACCAUCUAUCUCUUCGUCGACGCCCUCGCGCCCUUUUCCGCCGUCACCGAGGAGCUUGUCGGCCUGCUGAGGGAGCGAUACCCCGCCGGCCUGACCACCUCCGUCGCGCCGCCCAAGCAGACGGUCGUCCCCGCCGACGCCAAGCUCGCCUACGCCGUCCUCGCCGUCCCCAACGAGCCGGCCAAGGGGUGGAGGAGGCUCAAGGUGGGCGAGGACGAGGCCCACACGCCGACCAAGUGCGGCUUGAAGAACAACAGCAUCGUUGCCUUUGCCGUGCUCGCCGACGACGCCGACGACGCCACCUUUGAGGUUGAGUGGCCUCAGGAGGACGACGACGUCUACGAGCAGGGAAACUGA